AAUAGAUUUUGUAAAAUAACGAGUUGCGCAGAUUGUAGUCUUCACGUUCACUUGGUCGUUUUCGACAAUGAGUUGUAUGCAUGCGGUCAAAAGUCGAUCACUGAUACCACAAACAAAGUGUUCGUGUUCAGAAGAAAUAAAUGGACUAAAGUCAUCGAAAUAACGGGGAUCCGGUUAUUUCUCCUUUCUUAUGAGAAUUCAAUUUUAGUCUUAAAUAAGGAAAGAAAAAUAGUUUCAUUACUGAAACCAGAGGAAAGUUAUAGACUGAAAAAGAAUUUUGAGACUCUUCCUGAAAAGGGGACCUUUGAGUAUGCCCUCAUAUAUGGAAGUAAAUUGCUUGUGUUUCUUGCAGAGAAUGUUGAAGGUGUUGAAGAAACAGCUGUUCAUUGUUUGGAUUUAAUCAAUAAAACCUGGACCAAACUUGACAAUCUUAAAGGGCCGGCCAAACAUUUGAUCAGUUUUCAAGACGAUGAGACCAACUACAUUAUACAAAGAAAUGGAAAUGUGUGGAGAUUGGUAGGGACCAAAGAUAAACUUGUGUCAUUUAAAUUUAUUGGAAAACUAUGGACAGCCGAUAGAAUUUUACAUGGCGCUGUGCUUUACAAAGAUCAACUCACCUUACAUGGAGACAGUCCAAAAAACUAUCCUAAAGCUACAAAAUUGGUUCUAAAUGAAUUUCCAUAUUCUUUAAAUUAUUGGGGUAGGAACGGUGCUUCUUCUAAUUUCCUGCCUGUUAUAUUAGCCAAGAGUUGUCUUAUCUCAUAAAAAUGGGGAUGAGUGCACAAAUCGGUGAGGAAUGGAUCAGUUUUCAAGAUGGUGAGAUCAACUACAUAUUACACAACAAUGGAAAUGGUCGGAG